AGGGCAUGAGCGUGGAGGGGCCGCGGCAGCCCCCCCUCUCCCACCCCCCACCCCCGCGCCGCCCAGGCCGUGACCGGGCGGGGGGCGGCUGCAUUAGCGCCUGCAGCCCGCGGGGCUCGCAGAGCCCGGAGCGGCCACCAUGGACUGCAGCCUACUGAGGACGCUCGUGCGCAGAUACUGUGCAGGAGAAGAGAACUGGGUGGACAGUCGGACCAUCUACGUGGGACACAAGGAGCCCCCUCCGGGUGCAGAGGCCUACAUUCCACAGAGAUAUCCCGACAACAGAAUCGUCUCCUCCAAGUACACGUUCUGGAACUUCAUACCCAAGAACCUGUUUGAACAGUUCAGAAGAAUAGCCAACUUUUAUUUCCUCAUCAUCUUCCUGGUGCAGUUGAUCAUCGACACACCCACAAGUCCAGUGACGAGCGGGCUCCCACUCUUCUUCGUCAUCACUGUCACAGCCAUCAAGCAGGGUUAUGAAGACUGGCUCCGCCACAAGGCAGACAAUGCCAUGAACCAGUGUCCCGUGCACUUCAUCCAGCAUGGCAAGCUGGUCCGGAAGCAGAGUCGGAAGCUGAGGGUUGGGGACAUUGUCAUGGUAAAGGAAGAUGAGACCUUUCCCUGUGACCUGAUCUUUCUCUCCAGCAACCGGGCAGAUGGGACCUGCCAUGUCACCACCGCCAGCUUAGAUGGAGAGUCGAGCCAUAAAACUCACUACGCAGUGCAGGACACCAAGGGCUUCCACACGGAGGAAGAUGUGGACGGGUUGCACGCCACCAUCGAGUGUGAACAGCCACAGCCCGACCUCUACAAGUUUGUGGGACGCAUCAAUGUUUACAACGACCUGAACGAUCCUGUGGUGAGGCCAUUGGGAUCAGAAAACCUGCUGCUCAGAGGAGCCACACUCAAAAAUACAGAGAAGAUCUUUGGUGUGGCUAUCUACACGGGCAUGGAGACCAAGAUGGCCCUGAACUAUCAGUCCAAGUCCCAAAAGAGAUCUGCUGUGGAAAAGUCAAUGAAUACAUUUCUGAUCGUGUACCUCUGCAUCCUGGUGAGCAAGGCCCUGAUCAACACGGUGCUGAAGUACGUGUGGCAGAGCGAGCCCUUCCGAGAUGAGCCAUGGUACAACCAGAAGACUGAGUCAGAGCGCCAGAGGAAUCUGUUCCUCAGGGCCUUCACCGACUUCCUGGCCUUCAUGGUCCUCUUCAAUUACAUCAUCCCGGUGUCCAUGUACGUCACAGUGGAGAUGCAGAAGUUCCUCGGUUCCUACUUCAUCACCUGGGACGAAGACAUGUUCGAUGAGGAGAUGGGGGAAGGGCCUCUGGUCAACACCUCCGAUCUGAACGAGGAGCUGGGACAGGUGGAGUACAUCUUCACAGACAAGACGGGCACCCUCACAGAGAACAACAUGGCCUUCAAGGAGUGCUGCAUCGAAGGCCAGGUCUACGUCCCCCAUGUCAUCUGCAACGGGCAGGUCCUUCCCGACUCUUCCGGCAUCGAUAUGAUCGACUCCUCCCCGGGUGUCAGCGGAAGGGAACGGGAGGAGCUGUUUUUCAGGGCUAUCUGCCUGUGCCACACCGUCCAGGUGAAGGAUGACGAUCAUGGGGAUGACGUAGACGGUCCGCGGAAAUCUCCCGACUCCAAGUCCUGUGUGUACAUCUCAUCCUCGCCUGAUGAGGUCGCUCUGGUUGAAGGUGUGCAGAGGCUUGGUUUCACGUACCUGAGACUGAAGGACAAUUACAUGGAAAUCCUGAACAGGGAGAAUGACAUCGAGAGAUUUGAAUUGCUAGAAGUUCUGAGUUUUGACUCUGUGCGGAGAAGAAUGAGUGUGAUUGUAAAAUCUACUACAGGAGAAAUCUUUCUGUUUUGCAAAGGAGCAGAUUCUUCAAUAUUUCCCCGAGUGAUAGAAGGCAAAGUUGACCAGGUCCGGUCCAGAGUCGAGCGCAAUGCAGUGGAGGGUUUGCGAACCCUGUGUGUUGCCUACAAGCGGCUCGAGCCAGAGGAAUAUGAAGGUGUCUGCAAAGUGCUGCAGGCUGCCAAGGUGGCUCUUCAAGAUCGGGAGAAGAAGUUAGCAGAAGCCUAUGAGCAGAUCGAGAAGGACCUGAUUCUGCUCGGUGCUACCGCGGUCGAGGACCGGCUCCAGGAGAAAGCCGCCGACACAAUCGAGGCGCUGCAGAAGGCGGGCAUCAAGGUCUGGGUGCUCACCGGGGACAAGAUGGAGACGGCCUCAGCCACCUGCUACGCCUGCAAGCUCUUCCGCAGGAGCACGCAGCUGCUGGAGCUGACCACCAAACGGCUGGAGGAGCAAAGCCUGCACGAUGUUCUCUUCGAACUGAGCAAGACGGUGCUGCGCUGCAGCGGGAGCCUGGCCAGGGACUCCUUCUCGGGCCUUUCGACAGAUAUGCAUGACUAUGGCCUGAUCAUCGAUGGAGCUGCGCUGUCCUUGAUAAUGAAGCCCCGAGAGGACGGGAGCUCCUCAGGCAACUACAGAGAACUCUUCCUGGAGAUCUGCAGGAACUGCAGUGCAGUGCUGUGCUGCCGGAUGGCACCCUUGCAGAAGGCCCAGAUUGUUAAGUUAAUCAAAUUUUCAAAAGAGCACCCUAUUACCUUAGCGAUCGGUGAUGGUGCAAAUGAUGUCAGUAUGAUCCUGGAGGCGCACGUGGGCAUAGGCGUCAUCGGGAAGGAGGGUCGCCAGGCUGCAAGGAACAGCGACUACGCAAUACCCAAGUUUAAGCACUUGAAGAAGAUGCUUCUUGUUCACGGGCAUUUUUAUUAUAUCAGGAUAUCUGAGCUUGUGCAAUACUUCUUUUAUAAGAAUGUCUGCUUCAUUUUCCCUCAGUUUUUGUACCAGUUCUUCUGCGGAUUUUCACAGCAGACUUUGUACGAUACUGCGUAUCUGACUCUCUACAACAUCAGCUUCACUUCCCUCCCGAUUCUCCUGUACAGCCUCAUGGAGCAGCACGUGGGCAUUGAAGUGCUCAAGAGAGACCCGUCCCUGUACAGAGACAUCGCCAAGAACGCGCUGCUCCGCUGGCGGGUGUUCAUUUACUGGACGUUUCUCGGCGUCUUUGACGCUUUGGUAUUUUUCUUCGGUGCUUAUUUCAUGUUUGAAAACACAACCGUGACCAGCAACGGACAGAUAAUGACCACCAACACAAGCAUGAUGUUUGGGAAUUGGACCUUUGGGACACUGGUGUUCACCGUGAUGGUGUUCACUGUCACACUGAAGCUUGCGCUGGACACGCAUUACUGGACCUGGAUAAACCACUUUGUGAUCUGGGGGUCGCUGCUCUUCUACGUCGUCUUCUCCCUGAUCUGGGGAGGGAUUAUCUGGCCAUUCCUCAGCUAUCAGCGGAUGUACUAUGUAUUCAUACACAUGCUGUCCAGCGGGCCUGCCUGGCUGGGCAUCACACUGCUCGUCACCGUCAGCCUCCUCCCUGAUGUCCUCAAGAAGGUCUUGUGCAGGCAGCUGUGGCCCACGGCGACGGAGAGGACUCAGGCCAAGAACAAGUGCCUUUCUGUUGAGCAGCCCACCGUCUUUAUGCUUUCCCAGACCACCAGUGGUCUGAGUUUCUGACCAACAGGUGACCCUCUCUGCCUUCUUCCACGUUGGGGUGAUGGCCACAGGACCAGGUGGGGAGACCUUAGUGCUGAGGCCACCCUGAGUGCACUCCCUGGUCUUGUCAUUCAUCACAGUAACCCCGUCAGGUAACACGGUGACAGCGCACCGCCCGGGAGAAGUACACUAGCGGUGGCCUUUGUCCUCCUCCAACAGAGGCUCACGGCAGGCAGCUCCCCGUGUCCAUCGGGGGUCCAGGGCCUUCACCGUUGCUAGACACCGGUGACUCGGUCCCUAGGCCCCUGACAGUCAGGCAGGUCACACACACAGUCAGUCCAGCCUGAGCAAGGUGACUUCAGUUCUCCACUGCUGUGGUGGUAGAGACGGAGACUUCUUCCAACAUAGCCCUGCUCUGGGGACCCAGUCUUUAGUGUGGAAACUGAGGAAGGCCAGGAGAGAAUGUUCUGCUCAAGCCCCCUGAGGACAUCGUGAGGUGGAGUCACACUGUCACUGGCCUCUACUUGCUAGAUUCCUGCUCUCCUUUUCAGAAUAAAAACCUGGUUUUUAGAACCCCCACCCCCUGUGAUGUGCUGCUUUUAAUGGCCACUGUGGCAGCACAGAACUUCUCCCCAGGGCCCUUUCCCUAGGUGGCGGCUGUAGCCAGUACCUGCUCCCCACAGCCGGGCAGUCAGGGGAGAGAGCAGCAUCACAGUGCUGUGGCGUUUCGGCUGAUUUUUCCUGUACCCAAAUGUGACGGCUGCAUGAGUUCCAUCAGUGGAGUUGGGAGGGUUACCCGCAUCGGGUUCCUGCCUCACCAGGGCUUACGCCUGAGAAACACCCAAAGCAGAAACGAGCAGUUUCCUUCUAUGUGUCUUAAACACCAUAUUUAACCAGUUAAUAGUGUCACAAGAUCUGUUAGAAUAGAUUUUUAGGAAGACUAAAAUGUCACAAGGUCUUUGUAAGACAUUACAUAUGCCAACUCAGGCUGCAAACCCUGUUCCCUCUUGACAAAACUUCCUCAGCAUUGAGUUUCUUGGACCUGUGCAAAGGUAGACUUCAGCCACGGGGGAGGUGGCACUGUGAUCCUGUCUCCUGUGGCCUGAGACUUGGCCCCCGGGCACCAUAGCAAACCACACAUGCACACAGGCCCUGCCACUACACUUGAGACACAACGGACAGACACGCUGCUGCGGCAGAGCAUCACAGGUCUGCAAAGCUCUGGAGGAAUACACAUCCCGCAGGCCUCAGUGGGGCAGAUUUGACGCCAGAUGUCUGGGGUUCGCUUCCAACCUCUUCCUAGUACAGGCAAGCGUGACGGACACUGGGCAUGUUAUAUAUCAGACUUGCAUAUAUAGCAUCGUGCGUGUGUUCACACCGGUCUCCGCGUCCACACACUUGCAGCAGCCUGCCUGCCCGUCCCCGUGCCUGUGUGGGCCACAGCACCAUCCUCUGGUUCCUUCUCCUCCUGGACACUUGCCAGCUCACCUGCCCUUCUGCCGUCCAGCCUUGUCUUCCUUCAGCUCUGAGAGCUCCCUCCUUCCUCGGCACUGAGAAACUGGUGAAUGGGGACUGGAAAGUGCUUGAAAGCUGCACCACGCCAGGCCAGGAGCCAGCAGCCUACAGGACAUGGCCCGUGAAUGUCCUGUCUGCCAGGCAGGCUGUGCAGAAGCCACUGCUCACCUGCCAGUGGCGCUGCAGAGGAGGCGGCACACAGGUGCCCGUGGCCUUAGGAGUCUGGAUGCAGCCUCUGUGUUGGGAGCAGGAACUUGCUAGGACCUUCCAGCUGGUGCUGGCCCUCUCCCAUGGUGCUUUCAACUUGCCUUUUGACCUUACCACUUCUUCUCCGGGUGCAGACUUCUUCGAAUGAACCUGUUCAGAGCCGUCUGUUCCCCCUAGAGAAAGCUUGGUGCUCCUUUGUGGACAGGCAGUCCCUGGAGCCAGCUCUGGCCGCCUUGAUGGCGUCACGACCGAUAUGUGUGCAGACCCUGCAAGCAGAGUCCAUGGCCUGCCAUGGUGGAGAGUGUGGGGAUGGUAUAGGUCAGUGUAGAUGCGGCCUUGGGUCUGCAGCAGCCAGGGCACAGGUCCUGGCCUCCUACGCUGGCCUCCAUGCAGACAGACAGACAGCAGCUCAGUGUCUUUCCUCGCCCUUGCAGAAGAGCACCCGACUCAAAGCACUGGCCGAUGCCACUUCGAACAGCGACAGGCCCCUGCUGAAGGAGUACUUACCCCAGCCAAGACGUGUCUAGCCCAACGCUGGGUAACGGUAUGGCUGCCUGCUGGGCACUAGGCCGGUGUGCUGUGACUCUCAGACUGCCUGCUCUUCCUCCAAAGUUUUGCUGUGUUGUCCCCUCUCCUUUUUAUAAGAGUGGUUCGUUCUGGAAACAAACUAGACCAUUUUUACACACACAUACAGACACACACACACACACACACAGGUAAGUGGCACACCUGAGAGUGAGCUAAGCAUACAAGGAGUGUUAAACACAUGUGUGUAUACACAUACAGAUGACAUGUGACCAGUGCGCUGUGCCCAGUGUUUCCUGAUAAGCUGGCCCCUGUCCUUGUGAUAGGCACAGCCUCACUUAGAAGCCCCUGGGGUAAUCCUGUCUUGAAAUGGGAAGGAAGGUCUCCCCCCAGCUGCACUGGACACAAACCAAGUCAGUGUCCAGCGGAGACCGCCAGCUGACACAGCUGUGGUCGGAGUGUGGUCUGGGGACGGUCACCCCGGGUAGGGGGGGCUGCGCUCUGCAGCCUUUGCCCCCCUCCUGGAUACCUGCUGCCGUGUGUGCAUGCUGUGGCCCUUCCUCAGAGGCAGCAGCCGCCACUUCUGCCUGGUGACUGUAGGCCGAGGGCAUGAAAGCUGCAUGAUGUUGCCCCCAGUGCGGGUCAGGCUCGGACAUACUAACCUGAGUCGGUGGGUCCCGUCUUCUCCUGGGGUAGUGGCUAGCCCCCUAGACCGAGGGUGUCUGGGGACCUUGUGAGACCCCCACACAGGCCGCUGGGGACAGGGCAGAAGCUCAGCGUGUUUGCCCCACCACUUUUUGCCCCCCUGCCCUCCUGUGUUGUCCCUGGCAUGUGGGAUGGAUGCCCCUCCGUUGGCACUCAGACCGAGGGUGUUUGUCCCCAGAACUGAAGGCAGACGCCUCCAGGCACAGUUCGCAGGGGAUGGGCCCUCUCACCUGCCCCUGGGGUGAUACAGCGGUCCAGGGUAGGCUGGAAGAGCUGGGGGGGUGCACCGGCUGUUAGGGUUCCCCAGAGAGGGUCUGUGACUGACGACGGGCCUUCUGUUCUUUUGGCAGAACGUUCAACUUCGGGACAGCGUUUCAGAAUUCACCCCUCUGGCCUCUCUGCAGAGCUGGGGCGCUCAGGGCACCAGGCCCCUGGCUGCCCCGCGCAGCUCCCCCUCUGGGAGAGCAGUGUGCUUGAGGCGCGAGAGGGAA